GUUGACCCCUGUAAAGGCUGUCCUGGUGAAAGCACAAAAGGCCGGUGAGACAGAGGUUGCUUUGACCAAGUUCGUGCCCAAAGGCAAGAAGGCGCCCAGAGCUGCUACUGAGGCCGUGGGCACUGAGGACCCCCCUUUCUAUCCUGUCGGCUUUCAAUCAGCUCUUGCGGAGAGGAAAUCGAAUAUGGAAGCGAAGGGCCUCCAGACCGAGCUUCCAAACAUGUCCAAGGAGGAGAAAAAGGCUGAUCGAGAGAAGAAAAAGCUUUUGAGCCAAGCCAAGCAUUUGCUGAAGUGA